AUGCGUUCUCGCCUGCUCCUCAGCCGCGAGGACUGCUCCUCCGGCACCCAAUAUUACACCUGUGCUUCCAACGGUUUCUCCGGCUGCUGCUCUGUCGAUGCGUGUGACUAUUCCGACGGCUGUCCUGACAGCUCCGCGACCGAGUCGUCAGGCAUAUCGUCGUCUACCGUCACAACCAUUGUCACGACUCCGACCACUUCGAGCCAGACGCCCGUUACUCCAUCGCCUUCUAGCACCGCUGCUCAAAACUUGCCGUCGAUCUCGUCGUCCGCUUCUGAUCCAUAUUCCACCCCCCUAACGCGCAGUGCGGCCAGCAAGACCAGCCAUAUUGCCACCAGCACAACCGGCCAUACUGCCUCCAGCACGCCCUCUACCGGAGUUGGAAGCGGCAGCACCCCGUCUCCUGCUGCUAUCAGCAAGGGUGCCGUCGCCGGAAUUAUCACGGCAGGCGUUCUCGCCUUUGUUCUUUUGGCCGCCUUUCUGAUCUGGCGACACUGCUGGCGACGGCCAACGAGACAGCAGACACAGCAGACACAGCAGCCAGAGAAGCCCGAGCAGCGAGCAGCCGGCGUUCUUGAAAAGGGGCCUGACAAUGGCGGAACCGGCAGUGUUGCCUCGCCCCAAACGACCAGCCCCGUGGACGGCAGCACUGCCUCGCUGUUCGGCGAGGUUUCUGCUAUCCCAGGAACCCUCGAGGCCGUCCUGGCACGCUGGGGCCUCCACGGCGCCCGGCUCACGGCCCUGCGGCAUAAGCGGUUGACGGGAUCUCUGCGCAGCCGCAACGACAUUGCUGAUCUGGGGAGCUAUCUCGGCCCUGUGGCUGGAACGCCUGCCCGCCUGGCCGAGCUCGACGCCCAAGGCCCUGCAGUCUUGGCCGAGCUCGAGUCUCAGACGACGAACUACUCGCCCCUUCUUCCUCAGCACUCGCCAGCAAUGUCUUCCAGCACUGGUAGAAGAACCACGGCCGCUACUUUUGUUUCGUCGUGGCGCAGCAGUAGCACCGGCAGCGCUGCCGGCAUGCUGGGUCCGGACGUCGUGACGCCCGAGCUCGACAGCACACCACGUAUGGAGAUCAUGUCAGUGCCACUGGCCGACACCAAGAACCAGGGACUCCCUUUUCAAGCGCCGACCACAGACUGGCCGCGUGCGACACUGGAUGUAACCCACAAGGAGCAGACUCACGGGUUGCACGUAGGCAGCUGGGCGUCUUACCGACCAUGA